GCCAAGCUACUCCUCACAUUGGUGGUAAACCUGUCUUCUCCACUCAAGCAGUUCCAUCCUUGUUGGUUGGACAGAUAGGUGUUUUACCUGGUCAAGGACCUUCUGGCAAUCCAGCUUUUGUCUCACAGCCUCAGCUGAUCAAUUCCCAAUCACCUCUUCGCAUGAACAGUCAGUCUCAGCUUGUAACAAGUGGUGGCCAAAUUUUUGCAUCGCAACCAAUGCUUACAAAUCCAGCAAUGCUGCAAGCUAUGGCCAGCUUACAGCAGGGUAUCCCUCUUGCAGCCCACCAACCCUUACUUGCAACUCAAUCGCCGACUAUUUUGGCUGGUCAGCCUCUCUAUAUUCGUACUGCUACACCACUUCAACAGCAACCGUCCAUGGUUGCUACAGCUACUGCAACCCCGACUGGGAUGCAGCCUGUUAACUCAUUGAAAACUGCCAAACUCAUUGACAUGACAACUGGUCUGCAAGCUAAAACCGUUGGUGUCCCCACAAAAACAACAAAUCAAGGCAACAAAGGACUUUCAACAAUUCUACCUUCGACAUCAAAAGGGUCAAACACUGCAAAAAUACACCCAACAAAUAUAUCUAUGCAACCAAAUUCUGGUCCGAAACUCAAUAUUCCGACCAUCACACCAAAGCAAACUACAAAAGUGCGUACAAAAAAGAGCAACCCUUUGUCAACAGGGUCCCAAACAAAGCCCAGCAUGCCUACUAGUCUCUCCAAACCAACUACCCCCACCAGCCAGACUAAUGGUGCCACCAGUCUGCCAAAGAGUCAAUCAGACUCUGAAGUUGAAACAGGGCGCAAGACAAUAGCCAUGAUGGAAAGUACUUCGGAGAAGAAAACCCUCACAGAAUCCACUUCAAAGCAGUCAACAUCUGAGCAAAAGCAAGAGAAAAGGGCCCAGGUCGAUGCUCCACAGCCUCCAACAACCACCCAAGAAACCAGGCAGGUUGAAUCAAUGGAUGUUUCUUCUGGGAAACCACAACAUCCUGUACCAAAUAUGCUGGACAAUUCUGUUGUAGUUGAGAAACAGAAGGCUAUUGUCAAACCUCAUAUAUUAACUCAUGUUAUUGAAGGCUUUAUCAUCCACGAAGGUCCAGAGCCUUUCCCGGUCCAAAGGUCAUCGUUGCUGACGGAAUACAUUCCUUCAAAGUCCAGCAGCAAUGCCAGCACCACUAAUGUAGAGAAAGAGUCUGAACAGGAAGAAACCAACGGGUCAAGUCAUGAUCCUGAUGUCCCUAUGGCUGAUGACACUGAAACAAGAGAUGGAGAUGCUGAAGGUCUGCUGGGCCCCCCAAAUGUGGACAAAAGAAUGAGUUCAGGUUCAGGACCGAAAUAUGUUAAACGAAGGAAACCUACCCUUAAGGUCCGAAAGACAUGGCGUCCCAGCCGCGUUGGCAGGAUGUCUUAUAAUAUUCCAUCUAGGCCCUUCCAAAGAAUAAGAAACACUAUGUCAAACAAUACAAGGCGAGAUGGUGUUAGAGAUAGGCUUCCAGCGGAAGAGCAUAGCAGCUCUCACAGCAGCCACGAAAGCAGCAGUUCCCCCACAUCACCAGCACAACCGACAGAUUACGAUGUUGGAAUGGAUUCAUCCACCUCACAUCCAGCGAAAUGGACUGUUCAGAAAGUCUUUGAUUUUAUUAAGUCAAUGCCAGGCUGUACGGCGUAUGCGGAAGAGUUUCGCUCUCAAGAAAUUGAUGGCCAGGCAUUGCUUCUUCUGAAAGAAGAUCAUUUGAUGACUGCCAUGAACAUGAAGCUGGGGCCAGCAUUGAAAAUCUGUGCCAGGAUUAAUUCUUUGAAAGACAACUUCUAAAAACAAGAAAAAAAAAAUGCAAUAAUAAAAAUUUUAAAAAUGUUCUUUUAAUCCCAUCCCCUCAAAAAAAAAAAAAAAGACUUCUCAAAAGUUUAUGUAACUUUUAAAUUUUAACAGAAAACUUUUUUUACCAAUUUUUUUAAUUCAACAAACUCAUCCGAAAUAAUCACAUCUCAUUUGCUAAACAAACUGCACUGCAUUUUCAUAACCCAUACUUAAAUGCAUUAACCUUUAAAUUUUUGCUGCUCUCCACCACCAUUUUGCAGUAUACAAUAAUGCAAUCAAGAGAAUUCUUGUUAUAUGCACAUACAUAAUGUGUAUGUAAUGUGUGUGCAUGUGUGUGUGUGUGUGUGUAAUGUGCGUGUGUAUGUUGACCAUAGUAAUAACGAUAAUCUUAGUUUGUUCAAAGUAAAUAACAUUGUUCUCCUUAUUGUAACUGCCAGCAUCCAUUCGUAAUCAUCAGUUUAAUGGGGUUUUUUUUUAAACUGAAAAAAGAAGAAAAAGCAUAGAAGACACAUUUCGGGUUGAAAUUAAUCAAAAAGUGUGACUCUUUUGUGGAAGUGUGAAUAUGACUUUCAUUCUAUAAAUAUCAACAUUUUUCAAGAAAUUCACUGAUCUUCAAUGUGAUGUGAUGCCCAGGUUUCAUCUUUUCUCUGUUGAGUUCUUCAUUAUACAUUUCGGUAACUUCUCGUCCCUCCCUCUCUCUCUCUCUCUCUCUCUCUCUCUCCUCUCUUUUCUGUAUUUGAUGUCUUUAUUAUUAUUAUUUCUCUCUGUGAUGGAAUUUAUGACUAGUUCUUGGUUUAAUUCAGAACUAUUAAGACAUGGCAAAAAUCUUCUUUUUUUU